CAAACGCACUCUGCCUCUCUUCGUCUCCCUCCCUCCUCCAAAACCCUAAUCUCCUCACAGCCUCUCCAGCCAUGCCUCCCAAGUUCGACCCUUCCCAGGUCGUCGAGGUCUACGUCCGCGUCACCGGAGGCGAGGUCGGCGCCGCCAGUUCCCUCGCUCCCAAGAUCGGUCCUCUCGGUCUCUCCCCCAAGAAGAUCGGAGAAGACAUCGCCAAGGAGACCGCCAAGGACUGGAAGGGCCUCCGCGUCACCGUCAAGCUCACCGUCCAGAACCGUCAGGCCAAGGUCUCCGUCGUCCCUUCCGCCGCUGCUCUGGUCAUCAAGGCCCUCAAGGAGCCCGAGCGCGACCGGAAGAAGACAAAGAACAUCAAGCACACCGGCAACAUCAGCCUUGAUGAUGUGAUCGAGAUCGCGAAGAUCAUGAAGAACAGGUCUAUGGCGAAGGACCUGAGCGGCACUGUGAAGGAGAUCCUCGGGACUUGUGUUUCGGUUGGGUGUACUGUGGAUGGGAAGGACCCCAAGGACUUGCAGCAGGAGAUCACCGACGGAGACGUUGAGGUUCCUCUGGACUGAGGUCGUUUUUAAGUUUGGUAUUGAGGCCAGUUUUGGUAUUUAUGAAGAUUAAUGUGUGCUUGGUUUUGUGUUAUUGAAUCUAAUAGCAAAUGUAGCUUUUUUAGAGCGAAUGUUUGGAUUUGGCUGGAAAUGAUGUUUCAACAGUACAUUUUUAUGUUUAAUCUGAACUGCAUUUGCUUAUGCACAUGGCA